AUGGAUUAUCAUCCCUAAAAAGGAGGGUAUGGAAUAUCAAUGAGUGGUAAUAUCCUGUCAGGCUAUAAACAUUAUUACAAAGCUACAAAUCAUAUACGAAUGCCCUACGUGGAAGAAACCUAUGAAUUUAAAGAAGAGGAUAAAUAAGACCAUGUAGAUUUCACAAAAAAGGAGAAAUCAGGAAUCAAGAUAUUUGAUGACAACACACUGGAAUUUGAAUGCAAAAAACUCACUAUGCAAGAUUUAGAAAAAUUGGAUUUAUAGCAAAGCAACAUAACUGAAUAAGGCAUGUCUACAAUUUGUUCCUCAAAGAAUUGUUGUAAUAUAACUGAAUUGGAUUUAUCAAAGAAUUCUUAUAACGUGACAGACACCUUCCUCAGAUUGAUUGGAGAAUCAUAAUAUUUAGUUAAACUUGAAACCUUAUUCCUUGAUGACAGUGCUGUCUCUGACAAUGGAAUUAUGUUCAUAACAUAGCCAUUCACAAAACCAGUUGAUCAAUAUACUUUGUAUGCCACCCACAAUUUAAGAAGAACUAAAAAGCAUCUAGAAUCCACUAGAGGAAUGACAGGAUAAAAUUUUAAUAGUACUGCUGCUAUGACUCAUACCAGUGAUUCUUAGACUCAGUUCUCAGAUUCAAAUAAAUUCAGAAAUUUUGUGAACCAUCUUAACAAAUUAUCCCUCCAGGGGUUACAUAUAACAGAUAGAGGACUCUAAUGUAUUUCUUUUAGUUAGAAUGUGCGACUUCGAUAUUUGAAUUUGUCAUUUACUAAAAUAACUGAUAAAGGAAUGAUUGAAUACUUUAAUUCUUCUAACAGCGCAUUUUUGGAAUACUUAGAUAUCUCUCAUUAACCAAUUACAGAUGAAAGCAUUAAAGCCUUUGCAUAUUCUGAAUUUUGCAAAUCCUUGAUUGUUUUCAUCAUAAAUAGUUGCCCAUUGACUAAUGAGAGUAUGAUUCAUCUUUGUAAUUCUCCUAAUACUAUUAAUAUGGUUGAACUCAAUAUUGGGACUUUCACUAAAUCUUAUAUGACUGGAGAUGCCAUUAGAAUUUUAAGUGAGGCAAAAUACAUGAGUGCCUUGAAGAAUUUGAAUUUGGAUGGACAACCAUUUCCAGAAAGUAAUCAUGAUAUUGUAAAUUUAAAGUCACCCUUCUGAAGUUCAUCAAGAGUCCUAUCAUGAAUAAUAUCGAGAAAUUGUCGAUAGCAAAGAAUGAAGACAUCACAGAUAGUUUUUGUGGAGCCAUCUAUGAAUUUUAUCAGGCAGAACAAUACAAAUCUUUAAAGUAUUUGAAUUUAAUGAAGACCAAUAUUACAGAAAGAGGAGUAGUGCAAUUAUAAGAUUUAUUUAAAUUGGUUCAUUCAAUUGAUAACUUGUCUUCAUUGAUAAAAAGUAUGUAUUGAGUUCAUCAUUAAUUCUAGUUAAGGAACAAACAAGAGCAGGAAUAAAGUGCUUUAUAUGUGAUCGAUGUUUGAUGUAGUAGGAUACUGAAAGGGAUAAUUACAGAGAUAAAAAACCCCCUAUAAAUCCUCAUAAUUGUUUUAUUUGCAGAACCAGAUAGAUUACAACAAUUGAGUAUCCAGCCAAAGCAUGUUAUGGAUGUGGCAAAGGGUUCCAAGAGAAAACAUGUCAUUUGUGUUAAAAAUAAACAGGAAAGCAUCAAUUAUUUAGAUGCCAUCUUUGUGCAAUUGGGAAUAACAAAUUCAAAUGCUUUAAUUGCGAUAGAAUGAUUUUGGCUAAAAGGUGA